UUAUGAAUACAAUACAACCCUAGUUCAUUACUCAUCAUGGCUCGCAAUUAGAAAGACGUGUUAUUUAUUUUGUUCCGUGCGAUUAAUUGUGUUACGAUGGGUUUCUAAUAUCCUUAACGUUUUGCACACCCAAGUGUGCCUUCACUAGAUAAAUAAAAUGUUUGCCAAAAUGGCGUCUUCACCGGACAGCUUUGUCCAACGACAAAAUCACCAUCACCCACGGUCAGCGAUCGAUCCCAAUUGAAAUUGCAUCCUUGAUAUUUACCACCGACAACAUCCCAAACAAGUAUGAGUUCGAGUCAUUGGGACGAGUCGCUGGCUUCGGCCAACAACCUUCUCACUGAUAACGAGUGCUGUAUACUGCUCGAUGAAAGCCUAUUCUAUGCCGAUCAAGAUAUUCUUAAGAGCUUUCCGGGCGCUGCAACAAAGAUCGAAACGGCUAGCUUCCAAGAUGACCUUACCAACACCAUGUACCCACCGUCUCCUGUGGACAUCAAGCCCAGUCAAGCGGAGCGAGCUGAAGAUCUGCUGCAGCAGCUGGAAAGUCAAUGCAAACAAGAAAACAUAUACUCUAACUGGUUCGAAGAGAAAGUUGAGAACAGCAUCUUCGAUAAUAUCAGUCAGGGACCAGAGCCGGAGUUCCGGCCGGUGGCUGUCGAUUACACCGCGCAGACCGUGCCGCGCUCCACCGAGGUUCUUUUGAGGGAGUUCGAGUCGGUGUACAGUGGCGUCCAACUGACUCACCUCACCCCGCCUCAGAGCCCGCCCGGUCCGGCUACCCAACUCCUGCUAAGCUACGCCCAAGCUCAGGCUGCUCCGCCUUUACAACCACUAACUGUCGAGCAAUGGCCAUUGAUCCCGCCCCAAAGCUCAUUACCGGAGUACGACUGCGAUCCUCAGGCCCUCGAGGAGUUGGUCCGCCAUCGUGCCGCUCAAUUGGAAUCGCCGCAGCCCGCGCACAGCCCUUCACCAUCACCGCAAUCAUCACCGUCCUCAUCGCCGCGGUCAUCUUCCACUGAUGAGGAUUGGACAUCAUCCCGCCCCAAGCCGUACUCCCGGAACGGUGAUGAUCGCAGGUCUCGUAAGAAGGAGCAGAACAAGAAUGCGGCUACCCGUUACCGCCAGAAGAAGAAAGCCGAGAUCGAGGUGCUCCUCAACGAGGAACAGGAGCUGCGCAAGCGACACGGUGAGCUCGGGGACAAGUGUUCCGACCUCCAACGCGAGAUCCGCUACAUCAAGGGCAUCCUGCGCGACCUCUUCAAGGCAAAAGGCCUCAUCAAAUAGAUCUCUCUCUUCACCACGGACGUGAUUGAAUAUUUACCGCGACGGAUGCGGUCCGAUGAAAAAAAUUCCACGGAAGUUUGGGAAUUGAAAAAAAAAAAACUUAAAUUGAUGAUAACUAAAUUUAUAGUUGUAGUUAAGAUCGGUAAAUUGUAUCGCAACUCUAUCGAGCAGCAUAUAUCGCUAUGUUAUUUGUCGAGGACGACAUCUUUAUAUAUUUUACUAACAUCUUUCUUUUCUUUAAACCGUACGUAGGUGGCGCUACUUUCUCAUAAUUCAUUUUUUUUCAUUAUUUUAGACGAUAGGUUGCAUUCAAUGUAAUGGAGGCAGAAUUUUUCUUGUUGAGCAUAUCAUGUCAUCUCGGAAAUUAUUGUAUUCGUGUACAAAUAGUUUUGGAUGAAACAAUUUACUUGUUCUGUUUUCUUACAAUAUAAGGAAUGCGACGGCGGAAAA